AUGCCUGAUCGGCACCCUGACCGCCUGACAGCAGUGGCUGGUGCAUCUGUUUCAACAGCUUACUUAUGGUACUAUCUGUCCAAGGUCUGCAAGGAACCGCAGCUGUACUUCAAAGACGGGCCCCUCAGCCGCUUAGUCUUGGAUCAUUGCCCAAUCUUGCAGCAGCCUUUCUGCCCCACGCCGUGGGCCUUCAACCAGCAUGCGCAGACCAUGCUGUCAGUCGGGAGGCAGUUUUGGAGGAUUGGACAGUACAGGCGACAAGCCCUCGUGACCCCUGACGGGGGCCUCAUAGCACUGGAUUGGUUCCAGGGCUGUGAUACUGCCUCACACAUAGAUCAGUCUGCACCUGUGCUGCUGGUUUUUCACGGUCUCACAGGGGGCAGCAGGGAGGGGUACUGCAAGGCCAUCUGCGCAGCUGCAGCCAGGAAGGGCUGGAGGGCGGCUGUGCUCAAUUAUAGAGGGUGUGCAGGGCUGCCCAUGACGGUGCCAAAGUGCUACAGUGCAACAUUCACCGACGAUGUCCAUUUUGGCAUCGAGGAGGUGCAGCGGAGGUUCCCGGACGCGCCUCUGUUUGCCGCCGGAUACUCUCUGGGCGCCCUCAUCCUCACAAAAUACCUGGCAGAGGCUGACACCGGCAAAUGGCCCGGACAAGGCAGCGGUAUAACCUGCGCAGCGCUGGUGAGCAGCCCCACCUGUCUUGCCACAGCCUCAGAGAACCUGCAGAGGCCGUGGACGGUGGCGCGACUGUAUAACAUCUUGCUGGCUGUUCGAUUGAAGGCCUACUUCAGGGAGCACGAGCAUCAGAUGAGUCAGCACGCCACGCUGGACGCUCUGACUGAAGCCUGGACCAUUUCGCAUUUCGACGAGGCCGUCGUGUGUAAGGUGUUCGGGUACGACAGCGUGGAGGAGUAUUACAAGCACGGCUCGAGCGAGCAGUACAUCCCCCACAUCACCACUCCCUCGCUCUUCCUGGUGGCCCAGGACGACCCCUUCAUGGGCCGGCUGCCAAUUGCUGAGUGCAGCGCCAACCCCAACACAGUCCUGGCCGUCACCGCCAGGGGCGGCCAUGUGGCGUUCCUGCAGGGGCUGUGGCCCUUCGCGGGCUCUUGGAGCGAUGAUGUGGCACUCAGCUUUUUCCAAGCCUGCCAUGCGCACAACGCAGAGCUGCCACGCCGGCAGCGGCCACCGCAGCGUUCACGCAUGUAG